AUGUCUGCCAUCUCCAAAACCCACCGAGUCCGUUUCGCCCCCGAGGAAGUUUCCGCUGUCUUCGUUGUGCCCCGCAAGACAGAGAGUGAAGCCAUGACACUCUUCUACCAACCAGAAGACUGCGACCGGUUCCGCGGCGAAGCACAACUGGAAAAGCUUGCCGCUGAGCUCGGCAUGGACAUCCAGAACACCAUGGAGUCUCUGAAUGACCUUUCCCAAUUGGCGCGCUAUCAGUUCAAAGGCUUGCCUGCAAUGCCCGUUGCUCCCAUUGCCUAUGGCGCUUCCAUUCCACCUGCCGCCCGUCCACACUCCAGUUCCCCUCGCGGUGCAAAGGGAACUGCCCGAAUUGCCUAG